ACAAUGGCAGCUGGCGUUGGUGCACCAGGUUCCGGAACAACUGAUCAGAAUUUCGAUUAUAUGUUCAAACUGCUGAUUAUUGGUAAUUCAUCGGUUGGCAAAACUUCAUUCCUCUUCCGAUACUGUGACGAUUCAUUCACAUCUGCAUUCGUUUCAACAGUUGGUAUCGAUUUCAAAGUCAAAACUGUAUUCCGAGGGGACAAACGCGUCAAAUUACAAAUAUGGGUAUGA